UCGCAGUCCGGGGUCUCAACGCCAUCGCGCUGCGGGCGCUUCUCCAGGGCUUCGGUCGGGGGCGCGGCUAGCUACUUUACACAUGCCAGAGAGAAGUGUGCUGGGCACAGGACCCAGGCGGGAGACUCAGCUUCGUGACAUUAUCGUACAUUCUUUCUAGAGGAGUUUAGGAGGAAAUGAGAAGCAGUAUGUAGAGCGCCUAGCAUAGUGUCAGGCACUUAGUAGGUGCUCAGACCGUGUUAGCCAGUGCCAGAUGUUUGCCAAUUGUGUGAAGAGGGCCCAGGUGUCAGCUGGGGCUGGAUCCCAAAGCCCGCUCCCUCGGCAACGCGGGAUGCCCCCUGCCGGCCGGCUGCCCUCUCUCGGGCCCGCAUGGAGUAUGCGCACACGGCACGGCCGUUUUGCCGCCCGUAUUGUUUGGCCCCGGCUGCGCGCCGUCGCGGGCUCCGCGCGUUGCCAUAGAGACUCAUGAGCGCUGAGUGGCGAGCUGCGGAGACCGUUGGCUUCUCCGGAGCAGAGCGCCAUGUCUUUCCGCGACCUCCGCAAUUUUACAGAGAUGAUGCGAGCCUUGGGAUACCCUCGAAAUAUUUCUAUGGAAAAUUUCCGCACACCAAAUUUCGGACUUGUAUCUGAAGUGCUUCUCUGGCUUGUGAAAAGGUAUGAACCUCAGACUGACAUCCCUUCUGAUGUUGAGACUGAACAAGACCGAGUUUUCUUCAUUAAGGCAGUUGCUCAGUUCAUGGCCACCAAGGCACAUAUAAAACUCAAUACUAAGAAGCUUUAUCAAGCAGAUGGGCACGCAGUGAAAGAGCUGUUGAAGAUCACGUCUGUCCUGUACAACGCUAUGAUGACCAAAGGGAUGGAGGGCUCUAAGACAGGAGAGGAAGAUACCAGCAAGUUCAAGUUUGAUAUUAGCUCAAAGAUUGCAGAUUUGAAAGCAGCCAGGCAGCUUGCUUCAGAAAUCACUUCCAAAGGAGCAUAUCUGUAUGACUUGCUGGGCAAGGAGGUGGAGUUGAGGAAACUGAGAACAGAAGCAAUUGCCAGACCUCUGGAAAUAAAUGAGAUGGAAAAAGUGAUGAGAAUUGCAAUAAAAGAAACUUUGGCACAGGUUCAGAAAACUAAAGACCUGCUCAAUAACGUGGCCUCUGAUGAAGCUAACUUAGAAGCCAAAAUUGAAAAGAGGAAAUUAGAGCUGGAAAGAAAUCAGAAGCGACUCCAGACUCUGCAGAGUGUCAGGCCAGCCUUUAUGGAUGAAUACGAGAAGGUUGAGGAAGAGCUGCAAAAGCAGUAUGACGUUUACCUGGAGAAAUUUCGAAAUCUGGCUUAUCUGGAACAACAACUCGAGGACCAUCAUAGGAUGGAGCAAGAGAGGUUUGAGGAAGCUGAAAACACUCUCCGUCUGAUGCAGAACAAGCUCAAGGAGGAAGAGAAGCGGCUGCUCAAGACUGAAAGUCAGCCAGGAGAGCCCGAAGCAGCCCUAAGUGAUAAGCCUGCAUGGAGUUUGUCCCCUUCUGAGAGGCCCGGCACAGGUAAUGAUGACUCAGACAUUGACAUCCAGGAGGACGAUGAACCCGACAGUGAACUGGAGGAGAGACAGCUGUCCAAGCCGCGGACUGCCAUGGAGGUGCUCAUGCAAGGAAGACCCAGCAAGCGCGUCGUGGGCACAAUGCAAGGUGGAGACUUGGACGACGACAUGGAAGCAGCACCAGCUCUCUUAGGUAAAUGCAAGACUUCCAGCUCCAAGAAGCAGCCACUCCUGACUGCUGCUCUGCCAAGCCCUUCCUUCGCAUGGGUGUUGCUGGUUUUUGAGCUACUAGUGAAAAGGAGGACUCGGAGGACAGUAAGAUUGACGUGGAGGAUGACGAGGAAGACGACGAUGACCUGGAAGACGAGAGUAUUGCUCUGUCCCCAGCUAAGCCCAGUCGGAGAGUCCGGAAACCUGAGCCCCUGGAUGAGAGUGACAAUGACUUCUAACCUUCUUGCCAAGGGACGCAAGCAGAUUAAAACCCUCAGAUUUGUAGAAAUUAAAGGGUCAGAAGGAAACGUGCACUUUGUUCAAUAAGCCAGCUGGACUCAUCGUUAAUAAAGCAAAAGCCCUCUCUGCUUUA